AUGUGGCGCUCUAAAUUCGAACGACUUCGUGUUGAAUUGGAAAUAUUGGAGAAGAAAAAAUGUGAUAUUAGUUCACAACACAAGUGGUCUGCUUUGAAUGACCUGGAGAAGGAAGACAUGAUCAUUUGCAACGCUUGGAAUAAUAUUCCUGACUCUUCCGAUCAGCUGGAAAAGCUCGCGUUUGCUGUUCUUUCCCUUUUCAAAGGAGCAGGUUUAGAAAAUGAUUCUUUUCCGAUUAGGGAAAGCCGACCACCUCUCGAGCGGUCCUGCUUUGUCUCUGAGGAGGAAAAUAGUGUCCAAGUUGGAGAUAAACUUUCUUUGUCUAGCUCAAAAGGAAGGGUUUCUUUCCAUUGGUCGGCUGAAAAAAAAAAACUCACCAUGACGAUUGAUCUUCAUUGUCUGAGCUUUCUCAAUCGUACGUUUUGUCAUUCACGAUUAUUCCUUUUCUUUGUAAAAAAAUCCUUUAUCCCACCGUCCAUGAUGGCGGUCGGAAAAGCCGUUUUUCUCCCGGCGGCCUUCUUUUACGCCUUUGAACAAGUUACAGAAACCAAUAGUGAGAAAAAAAAACAGUGA